UAUGUGGGGUGUUGCGUGAAAAUUAGUUUUCUCUUGCUGAGCCACAAAGGCAUAGACUCAAACUGCUUUUUUGGACACGCUGGCUUCUUCUUUUUCUUGUGGACAUUAUGACCAAUAACACAACGAGUUUAGGGAGCCCAUGGCCAGAAAACUUUUGGGAGGACCUAAUAAUGUCCUUCACUGUAUCCGUGGCGAUUGGGCUUGCCAUCGGAGGAUUUCUCUGGGCGCUUUUCGUGUUCCUGUCUCGCAGAAGAAGAGCCAGCGCGCCCAUCUCACAGUGGAGUCCCACCAGGCGACCCAGGUCUUCCUACAACCACGGCCUCAACAGAACUGGAUUCUACCGCCACAGUGGCUGUGAGCGCCGAAGCAACCUCAGCCUGGCCAGUCUCACCUUCCAGAGACAAGCGUCUCUGGAGCUGGCCAACUCCUUCCCCAGGAAAUCAAGCUUCAGGGCUUCAACUUUCCAUCCCUUCCUGCAAUGCCCACCGCUUCCGGUGGAAACAGAGAGUCAGCUGAUGACCCUGCCUGCCUCCACCACCCCAUCCGCCAUCAGCACCCUGCACAGUCCGAGCAGGCCAGACUUCCGCUGGUCCAGCAACAGCCUGCGGAUGGGCCUCUCCACACCGCCCCCGCCCGCCUAUGAGUCCAUCAUUAAGGCAUUUCCCGAUUCCUGAGUCUGGACUUUAGUUGUUUUUAAUUCUUUUUUUUUUUUUUUUAUAAUUUUUGUCUCUUUUAGAAAGGAAACUAUAUAUAAGGUAAACAGAAUUUUGAGGUCAUGGCACUAAUGAUUGAUUCUCUAAGUUGGUAGAUUCGUGAAAGCUGAACAUUACCCUGUAAGGCAAAGCUUCUUUUAAACACAGUUUUCUCACUGAUGUCCCAUAAAAGUAAUUUUUUUUUCUCAAAAAGUUCUAUAUUUAUGUACUGUGAAUUGAGUGUGAGGCAUCGAAUUAAAGAUACCGAUUAAAGAUUCUAACAUACAAAUCAUACGUAUUUGUAUGUUUUUGGUUAAAAAGACUUUAGAUGUUUGUUGUUUCGGGUUGCGGUCCCCCUUCACUUUCCCACGUGACCGCUGACAGACAAAAGUCACUAAAUUAAGGAACUUUAAUGUUACUCCCUGCGUUGUGAGUGAGUCAGUAGCAUCCUAAGGAUCGCAGAGAUCUUGGACUCUCAUGAUGUGUGUACAAAAUCCCAUGAUUCUACUCAGUUAUGGAUGAGAAUCCCGCAAAAGAGCUAAGCCCCCCGGUGUCAUAAGAUGGUUCGGUUUUGACAUUUCACUGCUUUUUUUCCCCAAGAUAGACUCAUUUUGUAGUUCCUAGUAUAAUUACCCACAUCACUGAAGUAAAACCCCUGGACUUAAUAACAUGAGGAUUUAACAUGGCCGUUGUCGUGAUUACCAAAGCAACAGCAUCUCCAGUUCUUUUGUCCUAAGCACAAGUUUUUAUUUUGCAUCAAAUUAUGUUUUUCUUUCUUGGAAUUGAAUCUCGUGACUAAGAAAGCACUUUAUCUAUGGAAGUGUGGUGUGGGAAGCCCAGCCUGUGGGUCUCAGCCUGUGGGUCAUGACCCCUUUGGGGGUCAAAUGGCCCUUUUACAGUUACUGCCUAAGAUCAUCCAAAACCACAGAUAUUUACACUAUAAUUCAUAACAGUAGCAAAAUUGCAGUUAUGAAAUAGCAACAAAAGUAAUUUUGUGGCUGGGGGGGGGUCACCACAGCAUGAGGAACUGUAUAAAAGGGUCACAGUGCUGUUAGGAAGCUUGAGGACAACUGCUCUAAGGGGAACUUCCCUCUUAACUCUAUGGUCAAAUAAAGAUUGUUCUACAGAGAGAUAGUCCACGUGGAAGCAUGCUCUCUCUCUCUGAAAAGCAGUUCCUCCCGGUCAUCUCAGUCCCCAGGUACCAUGUCCCGGGUGAUGCUAUGUGAAUUCCGUCUCCACCUCCACUAAAGUCUUUAUAAGGUGACUAACGAAGGCCAAAUGGUCAUCGUAUCAGAUGACCACCCAAGGGCCACAUCAAGAGGUAGAGGCUUCUUUAAUGUGGGCACCAGAGACUUUCAUUGCACCAAGGAUAGAAACUCACUGGGAGAUUAUUCAGAAUCUGAUACAUCAAAUAUUUAGCUUGUGCUGUUGUUUAUUCUUCUGUAGAUUUGGGUUUGUGUUGAUACCCACUGGUCCCAGCUAGUGGUGUCUGAUCAUUCCUCAAGAAUAUAACUAUUUGCAUAAAAGAUACCCUAAAGAAUAUCUUUGAUUUUCAUAUAAUUGGGACUAUACAUUGUUCCCCCAAAGAAAUUAUUCUUCAAAUUAUCUACCAAAAUACCCUGUCAUUAAAUACGCAAGAGAAGAUGGAAGGAAAAAAAGCACUCUAAACAACAAGCUAUAAGGAAAUCCGAUGUAUUGGCAGCUGACUUUUUUUACUAAGGAAAAUGUAAAGGCCAUGACAUAGCCCUGGUAAGAUUGUGCAAGAGCAUCAGCUUAGCAACAAGGCUAAUUUUAGGUUGCAUGUCAUCCUCAGUGUUUAACAUGAGGAUAAAAGAAGGCAUGUUUUUUAUCAAUGAUUUAAACUAAGAAUGAAAACGGUUCCCAUCUCCCAAGGGAAGGAAAUGAGAGCAGAAGUCCUCUGGUUCAUUUGGCAGAACUCUUGCUAAUUUAAGCCCCAGUUAUAAAAUGACCAAUAGGAGUACUUUAUAAAUAUUGUGAAUUGUAUGAAAUGUGAAGUUAAAACCAAAGCUGAAAGUGGUUUUAGUUGUAAUUGUUUUAUUUGAAAUGUUUUAUCAAUCAUGAAAUAAAACUGAUAAUCAAUUUCAA